AUGCUCUCCCGCCACCUCCUCCGCCUCCCGCCUCCCCCAUCGUCUUCAUCACGAUACAUUCACUCUUCCUCAUCCCUCUUCAUCGGCGGCGCACGCUCUGUGCUGAAUGCCCCCGGAAACGACAGACCAUGGGACAGGAGAGGCUCGCAGAAGGCACCUCGGCAAUACGAGAAGAGCCCCAGCAAAUACUCUCCAGAAGCUUUAAAGAACAGGAAGCUGAAAGGCGUCCAGCCAGCCACUUCCUCCCGCCGUCUUCUCAAUUUCGACACCCAAGAUCUGGAAGCCAGACCUCGAGAGAACUGGCGCAAGCACGAUGUGGGAUACCCUUCCCACAAAUUCCGACUCGAAACUCCCGUCAUGCCUCCCAACUCCAAGCCCCAGUCUUAUAACCGCGACGACAAUAUCCCCGAAACAUACAUCGGCGAGCUGCCAGCGUACCCCACCCCUCCAAAACUAUCCACCGCCGAACAAGCUGCUCCCACGCCUUUCCGCGAGUUUGCUCUCGAGGAGGGCCUGAUCCAAAGCCUCGAAGAGCUCUACGGUCCUGAAGGCAAGACCUCUCCCAUCGAAACCAUCAGUUUCAAACACUUCACCCAGCCUUCCCUCUCCUCCGCCCCUCCCGGCUCGCAGCGAGUCAUCCUCGGCGCCGAAACCGGUAGCGGCAAAACCAUGUCCUACCUCAUCCCUCUCUUCCACCACCUCAAAUCUACCGACACCGGUCCUUCCAACGAUCCGUCUCUGGACGAAGCGCUCUUCCCCCGCGCUCUCGUGCUUUCACCAACCCACGAGCUCACGCGCCAGUCAACGCAGUUCGCAAAGCUGCUAUCGCACCAUACGAAACUCUCCGUCUCUGGUCUCUCGUCCACUUCUUCCGGCAGGAUCGAUCGUCGGGGUGUUGUGGAUGUAUUGCUGGGUACGCUGGGGAGUGUGAGGCGGGGCUUUGGGAUGAGGCAGCAGACGAAGGAGCAGAAGGAUACGGAAGAUUAUAUUCGCGGGAAGACCAUUUGGCCGGAAGAUGAGGUUCGGGAAGGGUUGGUGAAAGGUGAAAAGGUGGAGUGGGUAGUAAUCGACGAGGCAGACGUAUUGCUCGGCGGCGACUUUUACAAAGACACCAUCGCCGUCCUCGAACGUAUCCCCCACGCCAACCUCAUCCUCUGCACCGCCACCCUCCCUCCCUUUCUCCUCAACCUCCUCUCCACCCACCCCUUCUUCCACCCCUCCCCCGCCCCCGCCCCCUUCGUCCACCUCCUCUCUCCAGGGCUGCACAAGCUCCCCGAAAAGCUGCUCACCCGCUUCGUCCGUCCCUCCCAAACCGGCAACAAACACGGCGACGUCGGGCACCAAGUCCGGCUCACCCUCGCCGAAGAUGCCAAAGCUGCCAAAGCCGCGGGUAUCCAGUUGAAGGAUGGGGAGGAGAGCAAGAUUGUGGUGUUUUGUAAUACGGACAAGAUGGUGGAGCAGGUGAGCUCGGUGCUGGGGACGAAGAAGAUUGAUUGUUUGGCGUGGACGGGCGCUGGUGGGGAGAGGUUGAGGGGGAAGAAUGGGUCGUUGGAUGAUUUCUUGUUGAGACCUUCGUUGCCUGGCCGCCCUUCUUCCACCCAGUCUUUGGUACCUGCCUCCGACGCUUCCGACUCGCAAUCCGGCCUUGAGGAUCCAUCCUCCCCUACUUCGUCUCUCGAGGACGAAACUCUCAAAGACCUUACCUCUCUCCCCACCCCCAAACACGACGACCCCCUCCCCUCCUCCCGCCCUUGCCACAACCACGUCAAACCCCAGCCCAAACGCCGCGUGCUCGUCACCACCUCCCUCCUCUCCCGUGGGCUCGAUUUCCACCCCUCCGUCUCUUCUGUCUUUCUCGUCCAACCCCCUCGCGACGUACUCGAUUUCGUCCACCGCGCCGGCCGUGCCGGUCGUGCUGGCCGUCCCGGAAGGGUGGUCGUCUUUGGGAUUACCGGCGACCACAUUCUCGACAAGACGCGUCGAGGCCCGUCAAACAGCGUAGCCCCGCGCAUACCAAGAGAAGCCAACUCCAGAGAAAACAAGUCCAAAGGCGGAGUGUUGAGUACGAAGAUCAAAGAUCUGUUGAGGGAGAGCGAGACGAUGAGUGCGCUGGGAAAGACGAGCGAUAGGGAACGUCGGGCGCCGGAUGAUGGACCGUCGUAUCGGGGAGAGCGGGGCGAGAGGUAUAAUGGGUCGGAGGCGCGGAGGUCUUUCGGGGGAAGGGAUGGGGAGAGAGGAUCGGCUGGGUUUGGGAAGAGGGGAGAGGGGAGAGGAUCAGGUGGAUUUGGAUUUGGGGAGAAGCGUGCUAGUGGAGGUUCUCCUGGCUUUGGCGAGAGGGGGAGCAGUAGAGGGUCCGGCAGCUUUGGCCGGAGAGAUGACAGCAGAGGCUCGGGCGGUGGGAAGAAGGAGUUUGGAAAGAGGUAUUAG